AUGAGGAGUGCUGAAGUGAAGAAAUUGAAAGUGAACGAGCUGAAAGAGGAGCUGCGUCGGCGAGCCCUGGACACCAAGGGGCUGAAGGCUGACCUGGUGGAGCGGCUCAAGGCGGCUCUGGAGGCUGCGGAGGCCGGGGGAGCUGCGAGGGGGGCACCGGAGCAGGACCAUGCAACACCGGAGGAGGAGCAGGGAGAUGAGGGAUUCUCAGCCGGGUUGUUGGGGGAUGAAGGAUUCCCGAACGAAGGUAGCCCUAGACAUGCUUUCCUAUUUGUGCACAUGAAAUGUCAAGCAGUGAACAUUUCUUUGAAAUAUAAUGAGGUUUCAGGGAGGUUAAAGUUCUCUGUCACUGAGACCGAUUUCCGUCAAAUGGAUUCUGGAGAGGUCGUUUUUGAGAUCAGUGUAGAUCCGCAAUAACAACCCUUUGGGGGGAUGUGGGGGGGGGGGGGGGGGCUGAUUUGGAUAUGAAAUAGCCUAAUACGGACAGAAGCAUGUCUGUUCUACGAAAUAUAUUCCCAAAUAAAUGUAUUCUCAAAUAUUUUAUUUUCUCAAUGCGCACCACCGCAGCGCUGAACUCAGACAGCGGUGUGUAGACUACUGUGGCUGCUGGCAAAGUAAUUCAAAGCCUAUACUUUAUCACUCAGGAUGGAACUUUCCAGUGCUACUAUUUUUGCCAUGUUGUUAUUAAAACAAAACAGACAAUAGUUGACCUAUUUACCUAGUCGGCUGUUGCUGUGUGUUCUAUGAGAGAUGUAUUUUGACAAGCAGUUAACAAUUCUUAAUGCAAUCACAGGAAAACGCUUUUGAAAGCAGUUUUGGCCUUAGUUUUGUUUUAAAGAGGGGGAUCCCAAUUUUACUGUGUUUAUUUCUCUACUCCAGUGUUUUCCAAAAUUGGUCCUUGGGACCCCAAGGGGUGCACGUUUUGGUUUUUGCCCUGGUGCACGUUUUGGUUUUUGCCAAAUAAGUAAAGCUUAAUGAUUAGUUGACUAUUUGCAUAGUGCUAGGGCAAAAAACAAAAUGUGCACCAGGGCAAAAACCAAAACGUGCACCAGGGAAAAACCAAAACAUGCACCCCUUGGGGUCCCAAGGACCAAUUUUGGAAAACACUGGAGUAGAGAAAUAAACACAGUAAAAUUGGGAUCCCCCUCUUAAAAAAAAAACUAAGGCCAAAACUGUUUUCAAAAGCGUUUUCCUGUGAUUGCAUUAAGAAUUGUUGACUGCUUGUCAAAAUACAUCUCUCAUAGAACACACAGCAACAGCCGACUAGGUAAAUAGGUCAACUAUUGUCUGUUUUGGGGUCCUGAGGACUGAGUUUGGGAAACACUGCUCUACUCCUUAAAUUGCUUGUGUGGCAUCAUUUUACAAAUGCAGUUUUACAACCAGAGUUUCAAGUAUGGUUUAGGUGCAGCUGUACAACAGAGCUCUUAAAGGGGCAAUGUCAUCUUAAAGGGGCAAUGUCAUCUUAAAGGGGCAAUUACAUCUUAAAGGGGCAAUGUCAUCUUAAAGGGGCAAUUACAUCUUAAAAGGGCAAUUACAUACUUUGUAAUAGAAAUAAAACAAAAACAAUUUUUUGGAGAGAAUAGUAAUUAUUUAAAUAUUCAUAUUUGUAAUACAAUUAAUUAUAAAUAAUAAUAACUAUCAGGAUGUUGUGUCCAAUGGGGUAAAUGCAGAUGGACAAACCCCAUGCUUCAGCCCAUGUACAUUUUAUAGACCACUAUGAUUCAUCAGUUGGGCUACAGGUGAUAAUGCUUAUUGCUAAAAGCACAUCUGAUAAUAUAUAUAUGCAUGGUCCAAUAUGUUAAAAUGUUAAUAUCAUUUUUAACAAUAUGUUAUGAGACCCAUUUCUGGAUGUGGAAAUUAUAUUUUAGAUGGUGUCAGUAUAAUUUUAUUUUCAUUAAUUUUGAAGUAGAAUGACUUUUUAAAAUGUCACCAGAACUGAGCUUCUCAAUCCUUCUACAUAAAUAUUAUCCUGGGGAGCACCCCGGAGCCCCUAAGCAAGGGGACUGGAAUUGGUCAAACUCACAGUUUAAUACAUGUACAAAAUGAUCCUCUUUCCCUAAAAGCAUGAUGGUCAUGACUUUGUUACAUGAAAGGGGAGGUUAACUUGGCCCCAGACAAUCGAUCUGAGAUCGACAUAAGUUUCAGUCAUGGAAUUUUGUUUUUGCUUUAACCCCUGGGUACUGUAUAUUGUUGAGUGCAUGAUAAUAUGCAAUUAUAUGCAUGAUAUUACAUUGCAAUAUUAGCUACCUUGAACUUAAGUGACUUGUUGAAAGCUGAAAUGGUCUUCUGAUUUCUCGUGUAUAAAUAGAUUCUCUAGACUUUGGUGCAGGAGGGGCCCCCGAGGAGGAGAGCAGGGGGAUGGAGAGAGAAGAGUCGUCUGAUUCUGAUCUGGGCUUCAGCAUGCCUGACUUCACUGCAGACGUCCCUCUUCCUCUUCCUGUCCCUGUUCACAAGGCAGAGGAGACCCCUGAGUACCACGAGACCCAACCAGCCCUGGCAGAGCAUCAGCAUCAUGGGCAGCCUGAGAGGAAGCGAGGUAAGAUCCUCUCUAGAAUAACUUGUUUACACAAAGCCAUCUAUAUUAACCCAAUUAUGCAAGCUACUAUUCAACACUAAUUAUUGAAUAUCAAUCUCAUCUAACACUAAGGAUAAUACACUUGUCUACUCACACACUACAUUUUUCAUACUUCCUUCCAUAUUCUCUAGUCUGACUGCUUUCUCACUUUUAUCUGUUCUAAUCGGAGAGAAAACAAGCACGGGUUAACUGACUACAAUACGACUACUAACAAAUAGAAACCGCAGAGACUUCCCAACGCAUAGCUGACUCUCGAGGCCUGCAAACCUCUGGGGCCGUCAGAGGAGACCCUGGACGCAACGAGACCUAACUAGGCCCUAUGUCUAACUCUAGCACUGAGGCACAGAGGAAGAAGAUCACUGUCUCUACACAUUAGCUGUUCUACUACUACUACUACCCUACUACUCUCUACGACUAUUUCUACUACUACUACUACUAGACUACUCUGCUAUUACACUAACUACUAACUAUGACUACUAGAUUGCUCAUACUAUACUACGACACUAUAUACCAACUACUACUUACUAUUACUACUCUACCUACUACCUACUUUCACUAUACUUCUUCUAUACUCUACUACUAAGUACUACUACUACUAUCUACACUAUUAUACUACUUUACACAUAAUUACAUACUAUAAUGACUAAUACUACUACUACUACAUACAACUACUACUCUAGAAUGCACUAUACGACUAACUCAUAUAAUACCCACUAAUACUUCUCACUAGACCUACUACUAUAACUUUGCUAACGCGGUACUACGAUACUACUCUAAACUACAUUACUACUAACUACUAUUAUACUACUACUACUGCUACUACUGACUACUCUCUAACUACACACUACUACUACUACUACUACUACAUACUCUACUACUACUACUACGCUACCACUACUACUACUACUACUAUUACUACUAACUACUACUAUUUUGCUACUACUACUACUACUACUACUUACUACCACUACUAUGUCUACUACUACUACUACUACUACUACUACUACUACCACUAUAACAACGAUACUACUACUACUACACAUACACUACUAACUACUACUGACUACUAUGUACUACUAUACUACUACUACUAUACUACUACACUGACUACUACUACUACACGACACACUACUGACUGACUUACUACUACUACUAUUUACUCUGACUACUAGUAUCUACUACUAUACUACUACUAACUACUACUACUUACUGACUACUAUUACUACUACUAUACCUACCACUACACUAACUUACUACACUACUACUACUACCCUACUACUAUAUUACUUACUACUACUACUACUACUACUACUACUUACUACUACUACUCUAUACUACUAGUACUACUACUACUACUACUACUACUACUACUACUACUACUACUACACUACUUGCUAGCUACUGACUACUACUACUACUACUAACUACUACUAUUACUAACUACUACUACUACUACAUACUAUACACUACUGCUAUACUAUACACUACUAUACUACUACUAACUACUACUGACUCUACUUUACUGUGCUACUACUACACUAUACUACGCUCUACUACUACUACUACUAACACUAUACUACUACUACUACUACCACUACUACUAUAUACUACUACUACUACUACUACUACUACUACUACUUUUGCUACUGCUGGUACUACUAGUACUACUACUACUACUAACUACUACUACUACUAACUUUGCUACUACUACUACUACUACUCCCACUACUGCUCUCUACUAUACUACUACUACCACUACUGACUACUGACUACUAUAUACUACUACUACUAUUACUGACACUACUCACUACUACUUACUACUACUACACCCUACUAUACUAUGCUGAUACUACUACUACUACUACUUCUAACUGCUACACACAUAUAACUACACUACUACUACUUAUACUCUACUACUAACUACUACUACUACUAUUUUCUACUACUAUGCUGCGCUACUACUACUUACUACUACCACUACUACUACUAUAUUUACUGUACUACUACUACUAAUACUACUACUUUACUACUGACGUACUACUACUACUCACUACUACUAUAUACUACUACUACACUACUACUACUCUCUACUUACCACUAGCUGCUGCUAACUCUACUACUACUACUACUACUACUACUACUACUAUACUACUACUACUACUACACUAACUACUACUACCACUACUCUUUCUGCUACUACUACUACUACUCUACUAAACUACAACUACUACUAUUUACUACUACUGCUACCCUACUACUACUACUACCUACUACUACUAACUACUACCACUACUACUCUACUACUACUAUACUACUACUACUACUACACCACUACUACUACCUACUACUACUACUACUACACUACUACUACUACUCCACUACUGUUACUACUACUACUACUAAGACUAACUACUACUACUACUACUCUACUACUACCACUACUCUACUACUACUACUCACUACUACUACUACUACUACUACUACACUACUCUGCUGCUACUACUAUCUACUACUACUACACUACACACUACUACUACUACUACUACUUACUACUACUACCACUACUACUACUACUACUAACAUACUACGUAACUACUACUAACUAACUACUACUGCUACUACUACUACUCUACUACUGCUGGUACACUACUCACUACUCUACUACUACUACUACUACUAAUACUACUACUACUACUGUUUCUCUACUACUACUACUACUUCUACUACUACUACUCACUACUACUACUACUACUACCACUACUGCUCUGCUACACUACUAUACACACUACCUACUACUACUACUACUACUACUACCACUACUCUAUAUACUACUACUACUACUACUACCUUUGCUACUGCUGCUGGUACUACUAGUACACUACUAUACUACUACUAAUAUACUACUACUCACUACCACACUUGUUGCUCUACUACUCUACUACGAACUACUACUACUACUACUCCACUACUACAUAUACUACUACUACUACUACUACUACUUCUACUGCUGGUACUACUAUACUACUCUACUACUACUUACUUACUACUGCUACUACUGUACUCUACACUAUCUACUACUAUUUCCUACUCUCACUACUACAUACUACUAAUAUACUACACUACUACUAUACUCCCACUGCCCGACUACUAUUUCUACUACUACUACUGACCUACUACUACUACUACUACUACUACUUACUCUGCUGUACUUACUACUACUACUACUACUCUGCUACUACUACUACUAACUACUACUAUAUACUACUACUACUAUAUACUACUACUACUCUACUAUAUACUACUACUAUUACAUCCUACACACUACUGCUACUACUACUACUACUACUACUUUUGCUACUGCUGGUACUACUACUACUACUACUACUACUACUAUAUACUACUACUACUACUGAUACUACUACUACUACUACUAUAUACUACUACUACUACCUACUACUUUCUCUACUACUGUACUACUUACUACUAUAUAUACUAUACUAUACUACUGCUAUAUACUACUACUAUAUACUACUAUAUAUGUACUGCUGGUACCUUACUACUACUACUACUACUACUACACUACUACUAUACCCUACUACUACUACUACUACUAACUACUGAUACUACUACUACUACUACUAUGAACUACUACUACUACACUACUAAUGCCUACUGCUUACUACUCUACUACUUACUACUGCUACUACUACUAAAACUACUACUGAUAAACUACUACUACUACUCUACUUAACUGCUCCUACUACUACUACUACUAUAUACUACUACUACUACUACUUUUGCUACUGCUGGUACUACUGCUGGUACUACUACUACUACUACUGCUACUACCAGUUUUUCCCAUUAGCGCCGGCCAUCGGCUAAUCAGCCAGUUAGACUAAUUUCAGCCGGUUACUUUUUCCACUUCAUAUUAACUAAGCUACUUUUUAUUUAAAAGUUUCAAUUCGCUAGUCCGUCGAGCCCUCUCCUGCUAGAAUGAAAAAUAUGCAUCUUCUAGCAAUCUAUUGAUAGGAUAGGCGCCUGUCAGGCACAAAGCGAGCGAUGACAGGGUAACGCAGUCUGCUGUUUGUCCCGCCUCCCAGUACAAUUUGUGUGCGCUGUGGUUGGUUGCAGUCAAAUGUCUUUACACGGCGAGAGAGAGCAUGAUACUCGUGAAUUUGCACUUCCCAUUUAAUGUAAGUGGUAACGUUGAGUCAAUCCUCUUACCCUAAUUAUUGUUUUCUGACACGUUCAUUUAUUUUAUUUUGCGUGUUUCACAUAGCCAGCCAUGGAGUCAGGGUGUAUAGCAGACUAUUUACUGGGCUUUGAUUGAUGACCGAACAGCAAGCGUUGACUAGUUUAGAAAAGGUGUCGAACUGACUGAAUAAAGUCUAUCUAACUGUAAGUCGCUCUGGAUAAGAGCGUCUGCUAAAUGACUAAAAUGUAAAUGUAUCUGCUAUAUCCCUUUGCCAUUCAUAGAUCAUACAAUGUAGUUAUAUGUCCAUGGCAUCGCAUCGGGACAAGUAAACCAGAGGAUUUCCUAGGAUGUCGGGGCUUGCCAGACAGUGACGAUAAAGUGAGUGACUCUCGUCUCGUCAGUCAGUGUAGCCUACCGAAUCGCAUCGCUGAGAGAGCCGUUGAUUUGGUUCCCUAAUUUGCAUUGGAUACUGAUAGGCCUAGUCUUUUUGGAGAUCACCUGCAGAUACAUUAUGAAAACAUUCGAUGAAGAUGGUGAAUCAUCACUGCAGGAACAACAGGUAGUGGAGAGCCUCAUUCUGGUCCAGAUAUGAUCAUUAGGGCACUCAAGGAAUCCAGGCAUUAAAACGGAAUUCAACAAUAUAUAUAUAUUUUUAUUGACCUUAGCAGGGAAUCAACUGAAUAUAUUGAAAAUUAAUGAAUACGUUUAUCAUAAGACGUGUGAUUCGUAUUUCCUGUGACUUUCUGAAGAGGCAAUGAGAACGCCCGUCUGUGUGUGUGCAGUGCACUCGUCUACCACUUUGUGUAGCCGUUAGCGAUGAUGCUAAUGAAAACAGUCUUCUGGUAGGUGGAAAGGCUUUCCCAAAAACCUUCUCAAUUAAAAUGUUAACUACAAAGUAGCCUAUGCUUACCUGGUAGAAUGAUAUCAUCAUUAUUUUCAUAAAUCCAGUGGGUAUUUGUUUUGCAAACUCUUCCAUCACAUACAAAUACUGCUAAACAACUGCCUCUUGCUAGGUGCACACUUGAAUUAAAGAGUAAAUACACCAAAAAUCUAAAUUUCUCGGAUUUUUCCCAGACCUCAAAAGUGGUCUCCUGAUGUGGUUUAAGCAAUUUUGUUGUUUUUCUAUUUAAAAAAGUGUGAUUUUGAGAGCGAAAACCUGAAAAGAAUGGGUAAACGGAAACCUGGAAAAACUAUUUUUUUCAUUUUAACCUUUAAUUUAUUUUUCAAGAUAAUGUGGGUAUUUACUGAAUUAUUCUGUUGUAAUAAAAUAAAUAAUUUUGAAGAACAUUGUUGCAGUUCAUCUUGCAGUAAAACUGUAAAUAUGACUUUAAUCUCAAGAGAAGACAGGUUAAAUGUUAAAAAGGUUUAAUGUUCUCUUACUUAGAUCAUAUAGUCCUGAUCGUAUAGGCCUAGACAUAGACGACAUCCAGAACAACUAACAACACACUGAAUUCAGACGUUUUCAGUCAUUUUAAAUUGUAAAGUCUUUCUACACAAAACCACAACUAAUUUCUCCAAUCUGGGAGGUAAAGUCGUUAAAGUAUUCAAUCAUUUGGCUGUGUAUUUCAGAUGGAAUCAAGACAUUAGAAUGUACCAGAGGCCACCAAAAUAGAGCUAAUUCUGCAAAAUUUCUUGACGCCACCCCCGGCUGAGUAAAAUCAAGUUUUUAGUCCUAGUAGCUAAUAUAAGCGUUGAUUGGCAGUUACUUUUCUACCAAAACCAAAGUGUGGAUUGCAAUCACUCCUUAGAGCAGUCUAAUCUCAGUUAACUCAGAACUAAAAUGUUGUGUAAUUUGGUCAGCUGCGUGAUUAAGUUCUGGGUCCACGUGUUAGAAAUUGGAAUUUCCGGUUUGCGAAGUCUCCACCCUCGUAAAAGGAAACUCUCAGCCAAACUCUCAGCAUUCGGCAAAAGAUUACAACGCCCGGGGGCGCCAGGCUGGCCACUUUUUCUAUUUGGCUGGCUACUCUAUGUACUUGUGGAAAACACUCUACUAUUACUAUUACUACUACUACUACUACUACUACUACUACUACUACUACUACUACGACUGAUGCUACUACUACUACUACUACUACUACUACUACUGCUGCUACUACUACUACUACUACUACUACUACUACUACUACUACUACUACUACUACUACUACUACUACUACUACUACUACUACUGCUGCUACUACUACUACUACUACUACUACUACUACUAAUACUACUGAUGCUACUACUACUAAUACUACUACUAAUACUACUGAUGCUACUACUACUAAUACUACUACUAAUUCUACUACAAAUAUGAAUACUUCUACAACUACUACUCCAGCUCUGCCUUGGUCUCUAUCUCACCUGGGUCCUGUUCAGUAGAUACUAAACGGGAUGAAACCUUUUGAAACAGAGGAGGUAGUAGGUACUACCUUUUGCUGCAAUAAGAAUGUUUCCGGUAUCAAAACGUUCUCCAUUUCAUGCCUUCUGAACACGUCCCUGUUCUUGGUAGUUUGUUUGACUGGUAGAGGUUAGUUAUGUCCCUAACUAAAGCACAGGACCGCAAAGAGAUCUAUACAGUUAGCUUGGUCCCGUGCUGUGAUUGGAGGACUAACCUGUCAAUCUUCAGUCCAUUGCUAUGAUUGGAGGACUAACCUGUCCGUCUUCAGUGCUGUGAUUGGAGGACUAACCUGUCAGUCUUGUGCAGGUCCCGGUCGCCCCAGCCCCCUGCUGAAGAGGAGGAGGAGGACUUUGAUGACACUCUGGUGGCUCUGGACACAUGUGAGUAACAUCUGAGAGCUCUCAUUGCUGCUAGGUAUUCACACAGGUCAUUAGUGAGAAACAUCUGAGAGCUCUCAUUGCUGCUAGGUAUUCACACAGGUCAUUAGUGAGAAACAUCUGAGAGCUCUCAUUGCUGCUAGGUAUUCACACAGGUCAUUAGUGAGAAACAUCUGAGAGCUCUCAUUGCUGCUAGGUAUUCACACAGGUCAUUAGUGAGUAACAUCUGACAGCUCUCAUUGCUGCUAGGUAUUCACACAGGUCAUUAGUGAGAAACAUCUGACAGCUCUCAUUGCUGCUAGGUAUUCACACAGGUCAUUAGUGAGAAACAUCUGACAGCUCUCAUUGCUGCUAGGUAUUCACACAGGUCAUUAGUGAGAAACAUCUGACAGCUCUCAUUGCUGCUAGGUAUUCACACAGGUCAUUAGUGAGUAACAUCUGACAGCUCUCAUUGCUGCUAGGUAUUCACACAGGUCAUUAGUGAGUAACAUCUGAGAGCUCUCAUUGCUGCUAGGUAUUCACACAGGUCAUUAGUGAGAAACAUCUGAGAGCUCUCAUUGCUGCUAGGUAUUCACACAGGUCAUUCAUGAUUGUGAACGUAGUAACAAAGUAAUUGGGCAUAAAUUGAGCUGCAUGAUUGCAUUAACCUCUCCUCAUUGCAGUGCCUUUUCAUGUCAUGGUUUAAUGGUUUCCCUUGCCUUAAUUUACUUGACAUUUUGAUGUUUAUAACACUAUAUAUACACAAAGGUAUGUGGACACCCCUUCAAAUUAGUGUAUUCGGCUAUUUCAGACACACCCGUUGCUAACGGGUGUAUAAAAUUGAGCACAUAGUCAUGCAAUCUCCACAGACAAACAUUGGCAGUAGAAUGGCCUUACUGAAGAGCUCAGUGACUUUCAACGUGGCACCGACAUAGGAUGCCACCUUUCCAACAAGUCAUUUUGAAGUAGAAAAGUCUAGGAGCAACAACGGCUCAACCACAAAGUGGUAGGCCACACAAGCUCACAGAACGGGACCGCCGAGUGCUAAAUUACGUAAAAAUCGUCUGUCCUCUGUUGCAACACUCAGUACCGAGUUCCAAACUGCCUCUUGAAACAACAUCAGCACAAGAACUGUUCGUCGGGAGCUUCAUGAAAUGUGUUUCCAUGGCCGAGCAGCCGCACACAAGCCUAAGAUCACCAUGCGCAAUGCCAAGCGUCGGCUGGAGUGGUGUAAAGCUCGUCGCCAUUGGACUCUGAAGCAGUGGAAACGUUCUCUGGAGUGAUGAAUCACGCUUCACCAUCUGGCAGUCCGACGGACUAAUCUGGGUUUGGCGGAUGCCAGGAGAAAGCUACCUGCCCCAAUGCAUAGUGCUGACUGUAAUUGAAUAAUGGUCUGGGGCUGUUUUUCAUGGUUCGGGCUAGGCCCCUUAGUUCCAGUGAAUGGAAAUCUUAACGCUACAGCAUACAAUGACUGUCACGACUUCCUCCGAAGCUGCCGCCUCUCCUUGUUCGGGCAGGCUUCGGCGUUCGUCGUCACCGGCCUUCUAGCCACUGCCGCUCCUCAUCUCAUCAUUCCAUUUGUUUUGUGUUGUUUAUUACACACACCUGGUUCAUAUCCCCUCAUCAGUACCUGUAUAACUAUUCCCUCUGCCUCCCAUGUCUUUGUGUGUGAUUGUUUUCAUGGAUUGUAUCGCCAGGAUAUUCACCCGUGUGUUUUGUUUUUCUCCAGUGUGCCGUUAUUACCGCACUGUAGUGUUUUACACAUUGCUGCAUACCGCUGUAUCUGCCGAAUAAACCUUUUAUUCUGUGAUUUACCCUCCUGCACCUGACUCUGACCAAAUCAUCCGCUACACUGACAUUCUAGGCGAUUCUGUGCUUCCAACUUUGUGGCAACAGUUUGGGGAAUGCCCUUUCCUGUUUCAGCAUGACAGUGCCCCCGUGCACAAAGCAAGGUCCAUACAGAAAUGGUUUAUCUAAGUCUUUGUGGAAGAACUUGACUGGCCUGCACAGAGUUUUGACCUCAACACCAUCGAACGCCGACUGCGAGCCAGGCCUAAUUAACCAACAUCAGUGUCCGACCUCACUAAUGCUUUUGUGGCUGAAUGGAAGCAAGUCCCUGCAGCGAUGUUCCAACAUCUAGUGGAAAGCCUUCCCAGAAGAGUGGAGGCUGUUAUAGCAGCAAAGGAGACUUGCUUCCAUUAACUCCAUAUUAAUGCUCAUGAUUCUGUAAUGAGAUGUUAUCUUCCUCAUGUUCCACAGAUAACUGUGACCUGCACUUCAAGGUGUCUCGUGACGGCUACAGUGGCUAUCCUCUGACCCUCGAGGGCUUUGCCUACCUCUGGGCCGGAGCUAGAGCAUCCUACGGAGUCAGCAAAGGAAAAGUCUGCUACGAGAUGAAGGUAACGGAGAGAGAAACAAAAACAUAGGUUGAAUCCCAAAUGACACCCUAUUCCCUAUAUAGUGCACUACUUUUGACGUGGAUCGUGAUGUAUCAGCUGUGAUCCCUUUAGUAAAUUACUGAUCGCUAUGUAAGUAAAGAUAAUGACUGAUCACUAUUUAAGGCACAAUAAUGACUGAUCACUAUGCAAGUCACAAUAAUAACUGAUCACAAUGUAAGGCAUGAUAGUGACAGAUCACUAUGUAAGCCACGAUAAUGACUUAUCACUGUGUAAAUCACGAUAAUAACUGAUCACUAUGCAAGUAACGACAAUGACUGAUCACUAUGUAAGCCACGAUAAUGACUUAUCACUGUGUAAGCCACGAUAAUGACUGAUCACUAUUUAAGUAACGAUAAUGACCGAUCACUAUGUAAGUAACAAUAAUGACUUAUCACUAUGUACGUAACGAUAAUGACUUAUCACGAUUUAAGUCACGAUAAUGGGUGAUCACUAUGUAAGCCAUGAGUAAACAUUCCAUCACACCAUAGAGCAGAACAAUAGUAUCUGCUUCUCAGAACAGGAUGUACACAUGAACAGGAUGUACACAUUAACAGGAUGUACACAUGAACAGGAUGUACACAUGAACAGGAUGUACACAUGAACAGGAUGUACACAUGAACAGGAUGUACACAUUAACAGGAUGUACACAUGAACAGGAUGUACACAUUAACAGGAUGUACACAUUAACAGGAUGUACACAUGAACAGGAUGUACACAUUAACAGGAUGUACACAUGAACAGGAUAUAUUUGACUAGGGAAAAUGUGAAAUUCACUUCGCCAUAAGCUGCCAUGUGACUUGUCAAACCCUUGGCUAGUGGAGUCUCCUUGUGUGUCCCAAAUAGCACCGUAAUCCCUUACUAGGUCACAUGGGUCCUGGUCAAAAGAAGUGCUCUAAAUAGGGAAUAGGGUGGGAAUAGGGUGCUAUUUGGGAUGCACACUCAGUGCUGACCUGUCUGUCUCUCCUACUGACCUGUCUGUCUCUCUCUACUAACCUGUCUGUCUCUCCUACUAACCUGUCUGUCUCUCCUACUGACCUGUCUGUCUCUCUCUACUAACCUGUCUGUCUCUCCUACUGACCUGUAUGUCUCUCUCUACUAACCUGUAUGUCUCUCUCUACUAACCUGUCUGUCUCUCCUACUAACCUGUCUGUCUCUCCUACUGACCUGUCUGUCUCUCUCUACUAACCUGUCUGUCUCUCCUACUGACCUGUAUGUCUCUCUCUACUAACCUGUCUGUCUCUCUCUACUAACCUGUCUGUCUCUCUCUACUAACCUGUCUGUCUCUCCUACUGACCUGUCUGUCUCUCCUACUGACCUGUCUGUCUCUCCUACUAACCUGUCUGUCUCUCUCUACUAACCUGUCUGUCUCUCCUACUGACCUGUAUGUCUCUCUCUACUAACCUGUAUGUCUCUCUCUACUAACCUGUCUGUCUCUCCUACUGACCUGUCUGUCUCUCCUACUGACCUGUCUGUCUCUCCUACUAACCUGUCUGUCUCUCUCUACUAACCUGUAUGUCUCUCUCUACUAACCUGUCUGUCUCUCCUACUGACCUGUCUGUCUCUCCUACUGACCUGUCUGUCUCUCCUACUAACCUGUCUGUCUCUCUCUACUAACCUGUCUGUCUCUCCUACUGACCUGUAUGUCUCUCUCUACUAACCUGUAUGUCUCUCUCUACUAACCUGUCUGUCUCUCCUACUGACCUGUCUGUCUCUCCUACUGACCUGUCUGUCUCUCCUACUAACCUGUCUGUCUCUCUCUACUAACCUGUCUGUCUCUCCUACUGACCUGUCUGUCUCUCCUACUAACCUGUAUGUCUCUCUCUACUAACCUGUAUGUCUCUCUCUACUAACCUGUCUGUCUCUCCUACUGACCUGUCUGUCUCUCUCUACUAACCUGUCUGUCUCUCCUACUGACAUGUCUGUCUCUCUCUACUAACCUGUCUGUCUCUCUCUACUAACCUGUCUGUCUCUCCUACUGACCGGUCUGUCUCUCUCUACUAACCUGUCUGUCUCUCCUACUAACCUGUCUGUCUCUCCUACUGACCUGUCUGUCUCUCUCUACUAACCUGUCUGUCUCUCUCUACUAACCUGUCUGUCUCUCUCUACUAACCUGUCUGUCUCUCUCUACUGACCUGUCUGUCUCUCUCUACUGACCUGUCUGUCUCUCCUACUGACCUGUCUGUCUCUCUCUACUAACCUGUCUGUCUCUCUCUACUAACCUGUCUGUCUCUCUCUACUGACCUGUCUGUCUCUCCUACUGACCUGUCUGUCUCUCUCUACUAACCUGUCUGUCUCUCCUACUAACCUGUCUGUCUCUCCUACUAACCUGUAUGUCUCUCUCUACUAACCUGUCUGUCUCUCUCUACUAACCUGUCUGUCUCUCUCUACUAACCUGUCUGUCUCUCCUACUGACCUGUCUGUCUCUCUCUACUGACCUGUCUUUCUCUCUCUACUAACCUGUCUGUCUCUCUCUACUAACCUGUCUGUCUCUCUCUACUAACCUGUCUGUCUCUCUCUACUGACCUGUCUGUCUCUCCUACUAACCUGUCUGUCUCUCUCUACUAACCUGUCUGUCUCUCUCUACUAACCUGUCUGUCUCUCCUACUAAGCUGUCUGUCUCUCUCUACUAACCUGUCUGUCUCUCUCUACUAACCUGUCUGUCUCUCUCUACUAACCUGUCUGUCUCUCUCUACUAACCUGUCUGUCUCUCUCUACUAACCUGUCUGUCUCUCUCUACUAAGCUGUCUGUCUCUCUCUACUAACCUGUCUGUCUCUCUCUACUAACCUGUCUGUCUCUCUCUACUAACCUGUCUGUCUCUCUCUACUAACCUGUCUGUCUCUCCUACUAACCUGCCUGUCUCUCCUACUAACCUGUCUGUCUCUCCUACUGACCUGUCUGUCUCUCUCUACUAACCUGUCUGUCUCUCUCUACUGACCUGUCUGUCUCUCUCUACUGACCUGUCUGUCUCUCCUACUGACCUGUCUGUCUCUCUCUACUAACCUGUCUGUCUCUCUCUACUAACCUGUCUGUCUCUCUCUACUGACCUGUCUGUCUCUCCUACUGACCUGUCUGUCUCUCUCUACUAACCUGUCUGUCUCUCCUACUAACCUGUCUGUCUCUCCUACUAACCUGUAUGUCUCUCUCUACUAACCUGUCUGUCUCUCUCUACUAACCUGUCUGUCUCUCUCUACUAACCUGUCUGUCUCUCUCUACUGACCUGUCUGUCUCUCUCUACUAACCUGUCUGUCUCUCUCUACUAACCUGUCUGUCUCUCCUACUAACCUGUCUGUCUCUCUCUACUAAGCUGUCUGUCUCUCUCUACUAACCUGUCUGUCUCUCCUACUGACCUGUCUGUCUCUCCUACUAACCUGUCUGUCUCUCUCUACUAACCUGUCUGUCUCUCCUACUGACCUGUCUGUCUCUCUCUACUAACCUGUCUGUCUCUCUCUACUAACCUGUCUGUCUCUCUCUACUAACCUGUCUGUCUCUCUCUACUGACCUGUCUGUCUCUCCUACUAACCUGUCUGUCUCUCUCUACUAACCUGUCUGUCUCUCUCUACUAACCUGUCUGUCUCUCCUACUAAGCUGUCUGUCUCUCUCUACUAACCUGUCUGUCUCUCUCUACUAACCUGUCUGUCUCUCUCUACUAACCUGUCUGUCUCUCUCUACUGACCUGUCUGUCUCUCUCUACUAACCUGUCUGUCUCUCCUACUAACCUGUCUGUCUCUCUCUACUAACCUGUCUGUCUCUCUCUACUGACCUGUCUGUCUCUCCUACUAACCUGUCUGUCUCUCCUACUAACCUGUCUGUCUCUCCUACUAACCUGUCUGUCUCUCCUACUAACCUGUCUGUCUCUCUCUACUAACCUGUCUGUCUCUCCUACUGACCUGUCUGUCUCUCUCUACUAACCUGUCUGUCUCUCUCUACUAACCUGUCUGUCUCUCUCUACUGACCUGUCUGUCUCUCCUACUGACCUGUGUGUCUCUCUCUACUAACCUGUCUGUCUCUCCUACUGACCUGUCUGUCUCUCUCUACUGACCUGUCUGUCUCUCUGCUGUAGAUCUUUGAGGAGAUAGCUGUGAAGCACCUCCCCUCCUCUGAGCCUGAUCCCCAUGUGGUCCGGAUAGGAUGGUCCCUGGACUCCUGCAGCACACAACUGGGUAAGGACAUCACGCACAACUGGGUAAGGACAUCACACACAACUGGGUAAGGACAUCACACACAACUGGGUAAGGACAUCACACACAACUGGGUAAGGACAUCACACACAACUGGGUAAGGACAUCACACACAACUGGGUAAGGACAUCACACACACAUACAGGCACACACACACACACACACACACACACACACAUACAGGCACGCACUCCCACCACACACACACACACACACACACCACACACACACACAUGCGGACAGACGGACACACACAAUGUUUGACAUGUAGCUCUGGUAUAUUCCAGGUGAGGAAGCGUUUUCGUUUGGGUACGGAGGAACAGGAAAGAAAUCCUCUGACUGUAAGUUUGAAGACUACGGAGAGAAGUUUGGAGAGAAUGAUGUCAUCGGCUGUUUCAUU